AUGAAGUUAGCAUUGAGAGCGCUUCGACCAGCAGCGAACCAGAACGUCAAGUCGCCAAAAUUGUGGCAAGAUCCCGUUCUUGGUUACUUCGAAACUCAUGGAAAAACUGAGUUUUUGCCCGGCCAUGAAUACAAUUUGACCGACGAUGAGAAGAAGGCUGUCUUGUGGAGAUAUCGAGUCAAGGAGAUCCUCAAGAAAGAAUAUCUUCGCAGAGAAUAUGAUCCACAUAGCUUCAAGUACAAGGAGGGAGUCACCAUGGAUCCAGCGAUGUUCAGAUGGUAUUCGGCUGAUAUGACACAAGCCGAGUUCUUCCGCUUCACACCACGAUCGGUGUUCCUCUACGUCGGAGUCGUUUUCGCUAUGUUCUACAUCUACACUCGUCUCAUGUUUAUUCCAAUGGAUAAAUCGAACGAGGCCUGUCUCGAUGGCGAUAUUCUCUGGUGGGACCGCCAGCAGGGCCGCACAUUGAUGACCGGUGGAUCCGGACUGUUCGCGCCAACCAUCGGUAUCGAUUUCUAG